AUGGAUUUGAGGAAUUUUCUAAGUUGGUUUUCAGAUUUUCAAUAUUUUCGUUUAUUUGAUAAUGACAAAAUUGUUAAAACAAAUGAUCUAGAACUAGUUUGUUUAUCCAAUUCAAACUUUGACGCUGGAUUGUCAUCAGAAUUAACUACAGUUGACAAUUGUGAAAGCAUCGACAACAUUUUCAACUAUUUUGAAUCACCAAAGUUAUCAAACCUGCUAAAAGUCAAUGAUAAAGUUUAUCUAUUCAAGCUACAAGUAAAGGAAGCAUUAAAUUCAGCAGAAUUAUGCAAACUGGCAAAUAAAUUCGUUAUCAAUUCUGUUGUUAUAUUGCUGUCCACAGAAAAUGAAACAAGAUUUUAUCUGUACUGGAAAUCCAACAAAAUUCAACAUUUUCUGAUAUUCAAAAUAUACAAAGGAUAUGACUUUAUGAAUAAUCUCCAACUGUUUGAAUUUAUUGCAACUUUUCUUGGAAAUUCAUUGCGAAGCGGACAUUUGGGACUUCACAAUCAAGUACAAAUCCAUCCAGAAUCUAAUUCAUAUGAAUUGCAUCUAUUAGCUGAUCAUCGAAACUACAACUUACUACUUAUUGCUGCAGAGAUGGGAAAUGCUUAUGUAGCAAAUUUCAUUUUGGACGGUGGAAUUAGCACAGAAGUAAAUGACAUGAAUGCUCAAACUUUGGCUUGGAAUGGACGACAUUUUGAAAUUGUUUUCGAACUUCUUAAGUCAAAUCAUAAAUUUCCAGAUUCAAUUAACAUUGAGGAGUGUCCAGAUAGCAUUAAGGAAUUUGCACAAAUCAGUCAUGAACUAAAUGAAGCAAUGAUAUUGAGGAAUACUGAAAGGGUGCUUGAAAUUGUGUCCAAUAAUCGAAAGAUGAAGCAUUUUUACAAUCUAGAAAAUGAAUCAGCACUAGCAUUUGCAUUAAGGAACAAAUUAUUUGAUAUCUAUAGACUUCUUAUAUCCGAAAAUAUCAAGUUUGGUCCACAUGAAAAGUUCAGUGAGAUUAAAGACUCAAUGAGACAAAGUGACAAAGAGCAAUUACGGGAAAUUCAUUAUAAAGAAUCAAAGUUCUUACCUGAAAAUCACAUGCAUGUCUUGUUGUCAAAUUCUCGUCUUGGACAUGGCACAAUAGAAACUGAAAAGAAAUACGAAAUCAUCCAAAAAGCAUUUGAAGUUCUAAAUGAGAAUCCAUUAAUUCAAGUGAUUUUGAUGAUUGUUGCAGCAUCAAGGAACUUCCGAAUUAUCUUUGAUUUUAAUUGUGACUCAGUUGAGGUUAUGGAUCCAACAGCUAAUGAGACAACAAGAGGAUUAUUUUAUUCAACUGGCAGAAUUUAUGUUGCAGUCAAGAAGCUGCUGAAUGAAAGCACAAAAUAUGAUGCACUUGGGACAUUAGCCCAUGAAAUGUGUCACUAUGCUGUAAAUUUGGUUUAUAAGAACUUGGCUAAGCCUUACAGUCUUGGAGAUGAUGAAGCAAAAAUUGAAUUUGAGAAUAUUUUAACAUUAUGUAAAGGAAGUUGUAGUGAAGAGGAAAUUAUUGAGCUGGUCUUUAAUUGUUAUCCACAUAAUAUGCAGCAUGCAGAGCUCAUCGUUCGCGUUCCUCAUUUAAUAAUGCUGUAUUUUAAUGAUCAGAAUAAAUUUGAAGAAGUUCGAAAGAUUUUUAUCAAAUUAUUUGAAGUUUUUGAACAAAAAGUCAUACCAGACAUGAAGGAAGCGCUGCCAAAUAUAGAAACAAAAGCUGAAUUUGAAGUGCAAACUAAGAAUAGGAAAAUCAGGAAUUUGAAGUUGAUUUCAAUUAUUGGAGGAUUAUUAGCGAUAAUUAUAAUAAUUUCUGGAUUCUUUAUCACUCGAUCGAUAUUUUACAAGCCAACUUAUAAGUUCUCAACUUUGUCUAAUUCUGAUAAGCUCAAAAUUGCAACAGCACCGAUUGACUAUAAAAAUGUAAGACUAGAGUUUUAUGAUUUAUUUCCAAAAAGUUCAAAAGUUUAUGAAAAGUUAACAUCUGAUCAUAUUUCAAACAUGCUAAAGGGGAACAAGCCACUAAAUUUAAGCGAUUCUAGUGCUUUUUAUUUCCAUAAUUUUAUUUAUCACAACUGGAAAAUCUUAUCAGAAAAUUUAAAGCAAAAAGUUUUAAAUUCAAAUUUUACAUUUCAAAAUCAAACUAUUAAGUUUGGAGAUGUUAGUCAAGUAGUUUUGGAGUCACUUUCAUCUCAACAAAUCGUUGAUGUAUUAGACAACAAAGCACUUGUCGUGCAGAAAAUGCCAACAUUUGACACAAAAUUUUACAUUGAAAGGAAUUUUUUUGAUGAAAUGAUUUAUGAAAUUUACUUUAAAUUUAUGGUGUAUGUGAACGAUGGUGAAGUGGACAAAAGAUGUAACUACUCAAUGAAGAAGAACAUGACUUUUGAAGAUUUUUAUCAAAAUUAUUCAAACUAUGAUGAUAUUGAAGGUGACUAUGAUGAAAUGAUAUUGGAUAUUACAGAUAGAACUGAAUUUCGUAAAUGUAAAUCUUCUGGUUUUAAAUUAAAGGACAUUCGAAAAUCCAAAGUUGUUGACAAAUUGCUGGAUCAUAAAUUAGAUUUCAAUAAACUAUUGGAAGAAACUUUAAAAACUAGAUUCUUCAUCUUAUCAGCUAAAUCAGGAGCUGGAAAAACUGUAACAUUUCAAAAAUUUACAACAAAAAUCAAAGAAAGAUUUCCAACAUUUUGGGUUUCGCUUAUAAACUUUAAUAAUCUUAAGGAUGGAGACAAAGAACAUGAAAGCUUGGAAGAUGUUAUUCGAUUUCUUGAAAAAAAUUUAAAUCUAAGCUCAAACAAUGAAUUUGAAAGAAAACUUUUUAAUAAUCUAUUCACUUCCAAUAAGACAAUUCUGUUGUGGGAUGGCAUCAAGGAACAUUCCCCCUUAGAACGCAUUCAGACAGUUGAUAAUGUACUUAAAAAAAUAUGGCUCAAAACUGGAAACAUCCAAUUUUUGUCUGUCGGGAAUGAUGAUAAUUAUCUGGAUAAUUCAAACAAAUAUGGUAAUAUGUUCUCAUCAAAAACUUACAUAUUCGUUCCAUUAGAAUUUAGUAAUGAAAUAUUAUUACAAAACUUUGACUCAAAUAAAUCGGCAGUUUCUUUUAUAGAAAAAAAUCGUAAUUUAAAGAAUGUCAUUAACAUGGUCGAGGAUCAUGACAAAGCAUCAUUAAUAAAAAUGAUUGCUGAAUUAAUGUCAAAUGGGAAAAGCAAUGUCGAAAUAGAAACUGUCUAUGAGAUUUAUGAAAGUUUUUUAACAAUGAAAAUUGAUCUAUGGAUAAAGUCAGACUUUGAAAGGAUGCAGUUUAAAAAUUGGACAAACAUCUUGAUUAAUACUUUGCAGGAAAACGCACUAAACAAAUUAUCGAAGUCAUUCACUUUUGUCAUGAACAAAGAAAAAUAUAUUAAAAGGAAAAGUAGGUUUCCUAAUGCUCCUAGAAAUCAUACAAUCGAUGACUUUUUAAGUAUAGGAAUAUUAAACAAUGAAAGAAAAUUUAUCAACAAUUUAUUUGCGGAAUUCCUUGUUGCUAAAUUAACAAUUGAUAAAAUCUAUAAUCUUAAUGAACUGGAUAAUUCGACAAUUGAGGAAUUAGAUUUAAGGCUGAGAAUAUUUUGUGGAUCAUUUGAAAAUGAGCAAAUAUUUUAUUUCAUUGACUCUUACCUUCAAAGGAAACAAAAGGCGGGAAAAUUCAAUUCAAAACUAUCAAAACUUAUAAAAACAAAAUAUCGAAGAUUAUUAGAAAAUCUUUUUGAGGUUAACAGAAUGCAACUUAUGCCAAUUUUAUUAAAUUUCUUCUCAAAAGAUCACGAACUUCUCAUUGAUAUACUUAAGAUCAAUCAGGAUAAAACUUUUUAUACAGAAUUAUUUAACUAUGCUCGUUAUGAUCCUAAUUAUAGAUUGUAUUAUUAUGAAGUAGAUCUUGAAUUCAUUAAAUAUUCCACAAAACCUUAUUUAAAUGAAACAGAAAUGCAAAAGUUUCUUUAUGGAACUAAUCAGAAAGGAAUAAUGUUGUUCAGUUUGUAUUGUUUUCAUAAAAACGAGAACUCUGGAAGCAGGAUUUUAAAAAAAACUCCUUAUAAUUUAGAAAAGAACCUUUUAAAAAGUAAAAAUCCAAAUUUAGUAUUUGAAGCUAUUGUGAAAAACUUAACAAUUAAUGAAUAUAAGGAACUUCUUCUUUCAAGAACUAUUUUGAAACCAGUUAACGUUCUUACUAAGGAAAUUUACAUUUUGGAUCAAAAAAUGUUGAAAAUAAUUUAUGAAAAGUUGACAAUUCAAGAACAAAAGGAGUGGCUUAUAGAUGCACUUCCAACUGUUCUCCUAACUGAAAACAAAAUUUUUCCAGAAAUGUUUUUGACAAAAAUCACUAAAAUAUUCUCAAAUUCAGAAAUUUUUAAAGUUUUUCAAGACAAUCAAAUUCUUCAAAUAACAUUAUAUUAUAACUUUAAAUAUAAAAAUUUUGAUAUGAUUUGGGAUUUUUUUACAUAUCAUACAACAAAAAAUGAACAAAAGCUAAUUUUGAGUCAAGAAGUAGAAAUUGAAUGCACAGAUGAAUUUAAGUUAAGACAAAUAGCAUUUCCAAGUUUACGAGACGAUGACACUGCAGUGGAAGCUUCAUGA